AUGAUGACGUGCCGUCUGCUGUGCGCCCUGUUGGUGCUUGCCCUGUGCUGCUGCCCGUCCGUGCGCGGGAAAGCAAGCGGUGAGGCCCAAGGUUCAACUCUCGGUCAUCCACCCCCACCUCCACCGGAGCAAAGUCGGGGGACCAAGUCUUCAGGUUCAAAUGCCCCUAAAGUCCCGGAGGCGGAUCGGUCGGUUACGGUCAAUGCGGGAGGGGGGUCAGAUGUGUCGUCCAAUACACAGGAUGGAAUAAUUGUGUCUGGUCAACCAGGGUCAGACGGUGGGAUCAAAAAUCCGCCAGGGUUAACAGAUAAUCCCGCUCAGUCGGUGGUAAAGAGUCUGGCGCAGGAAACGGGAGAGUCAAAAAGUAAUAAAGGGAUUACGGUGAAGACAAAAACUACGACGACUACGACAACAACUACAACUACAAGUGCGCCAACUACGACCACGACGACCGCUGCACCACAGGCACCAUGUACCACUACGACUACGGAGGCACCAACCACGACGACCACCCGCGCACCGCCACAUCUUCGCGAAAUCGACGGCAGCCUCAGCAGUUCUGCGUGGGUGUGUGCCCCGCUGCUGCUCGCCGUAUCCGCGCUGGCGUGCACCGCUGUGGGCUGA